CCUCCCCCUCCCUCCGCCCUCUCCAUCCUUCCGCCCUCUCAUCGCGCCCGUGCCCGGCCUCCCCGUCGGCGAGCUCUGGCCCCGGAGCCGGGAGCCGGCCCGGCUCAGGAUGGCCGCCCUGGCGCGCGGCGCGUGACCCGUCUCGCCCGCGGCCGGGGGCCCUUCUCAGGCAGAGGGCCAUGGCGGUGACGGUCUUCGAUGGCGCCUUCAGCUUCCAGCAAGACUCGCUCGCCCGGCUGGGCGACCGGGCGAACGCCAAGGAAGAAGGCGUCUUCGAUGCUACCGCGUUCAAGGCUAGCCCAUUCAUGAUGAAGAUGGGCCGCAUCGACCAAGCCACGGACCGCAAGAUGAGCGUGCGGGACAAGGCCCGGGUGGAGACGGACCCGACAUUCCUGCCGUCGGAGGCUGACUUCAGCGCUCCCAAGUCGUUCAAGUAUGACAAGACUAUGAACUACUACAGGACUCUGGGGAUCGACGAGUACGCAACUCAGGAGGAGGUCAAGAAGGCAUUCAAGAAGCUGUCCCUGACCUACCAUCCAGACAAGACCCACUCGCUUCCCAAGGACGUCAGGGAGGAGUACGCGCACAUCUUCAUAGAGAUCAAGAACGCCUCCGCGACCCUCAGCGACAACGCCACGCGCCGCCAGUACGACCGCGACCGUGACCGCGAUCAAGCCGCGGCCGAGAUAGAGGGCUGGAAGAUCCGGGAGCGGACCCAGUUCGACGCCGCGGCCGUGAGCGAGCAGAAGGCGGACCGGCAGAAGGAGCGGACGCAGAAGGCGCAGAGCCAGAUGGUGGAGCACCGGGUGGAGUGCAGGCUGGAGAAGUUCAUCCACGGCGGCCAGAAGGCAGCGCACCUCAGUAUCCUCCUGAAGGACGGGCUCGUUUUUCUCCCCGUGUCUUCUGGCAGGAUCGGACCUACCGAAUCGACAUGCCCAAAGGGGCCAAGGAAGGUUUCUUGUCAGAGUUCAAGCAGAAGGGUAGCCACCACAAGGACCGGCGCCCGGACACCCUCGUGUUCACGGUCGCCGCCAAGGAGCACGAGCUGCUCUCCCGCAAGGGCAACGACCUGCACAUGCGCUUCCCGCUGGAGCCAACCGGUGAUGUGAGCAACGACCCCAUCAUCCGCGCGGAGGCGCCGGGCCUGCGCGGCAGGCACGUGCUGCUGUGGGGCCAGAACCCUUUCGCCGCCGACAGGAACGACGCCGGUGGGAAGUUCAGCAUCCGCGUCCACGGCCAGGGCCUGGGCUCGGACGGGCGCCUGUUCAUGAGGAUCAAGCACCGCAGGGCCGAGAAGUCCGACUGGGUGGGCGGCUGGGCGCCGACGCCGUGGGAGGACUCUCCGGAGGAGUCCCGGUUCCGCCGCUUCGUGGAGCGCUUCCACCUCGGCCCCCAGCGCGCGUUCCCGCAGCUGUUGAAUCCCACCAUGCAGUACCGGAUGCUGCGGACUGCUGCGGAGAUGUUCGGGCGUGAGCUGAAGAGCU